AUGGCAACGCGACGUGGAAAGAGGAACGCCAAGGAGACACCUCCACGGUCCCAUCACAAGAAGAAAAGAGUGUACCUUUGUACCCAUGCAAGUGGAAAGCAGUGGUGUACGGCCUGUGACUCGUGUAAACGUUGUAAAGCUCCUCCUCGGCCAGAUUUGCCAAACGACAAACAAUGCCAAGCCCACACUGUUGCUACAUCUACAAGAAUCAGGAAGAAAUCAAUCAACGGCCUCGAAUACUGCAUGCCUACUGUCACACCACACAAAAGCGGCCGCCCAAAAAGGACAACCUACGAUGACACCGUCGGGAAAAUCCAACAGACCACAGCAGAAGACGCUCAAGUCGAAGCUGACGAAAAACUCCAAGCUGAAUUGACGGCAAUCAAGAGCGAAAUGAAGGUGGAGAAUGCCAAAACGGUCCAAUGUAUCAGAGAAGAAUCAGAGGCGGAGGCUCUGAAAUUAUUGAUCCAGACAAAUGGCAAAGACGUGGAGCUUCCUGCCGAAUUUUUCAUUGAAUCAUUGAAGCUCAGAGCAGAGAUUUUGAGGAUUUGA